AUGAAAAAACAUUUUGUAGCAGCUGUUUUACUAGGAUUUCUAUUUCAAUUUACUUAUUUUCGUUCAUCUACAGCGAAAUCAGUUCUUAUCAAUGAUCGAUAUCGAAAUGAACGAUCUCUCGAUUCUACAUUAGCUGGAUCAAUUCGAAUUGAUGAAGCCAUGGAACAUCUCAAUGAACUACAACGUAUUGCUACAGCCGCCAAUGGAACUCGUGCUGCUGGCACACCAGGCUUCAAUCAUACACUCGACUAUUUAACAAACUAUUUAUCUGCUAAUACUAAUUUUAAAAUUAUCAAAAGCUUUUUUCAUGCACGAGAUCAUACACUCAAACAUGAUCCUAUUCUUCAAUCAUCAAUUGACGAAAAUAUUACGAAUCAUACUUAUUCAGAAGAUCUUUCCCUGACUGAAUUCUUCAAAGUUCGAUAUUCAACAUCGGUUAACUUUUCGAAUUUUAUUCCAAUAACUGUCAUUCCAAAUGUUGGCUGCUCGGACACCGAUUGGAUUUCAGCAAAUCCACCGGCUUCAGGUCUUGUAGCUUUAGUUAAACGGGGCGGAUGUAGUUUUAUCGAACAAAGUAUGCUUGCUACGAAGUUUAAUGUAGCAGCUCUCCUCCUAUACAAUGAUGGAACAUCGGCCAAUCGCAUGUCACCAAUGAUUGUGAGAUUGGGACAAAACAAUACUAUACCAGCAUUCUCUCUUUCAUUCAGUCUCGGAGAAAGGCUUGUUAAUGCAGCUCAAAAUCCAUCGAACAAAGCCAGUGUUCGUAUCGUUAUUACGCUAAUGAACGAUAAACCGUUUCCAAUCGGAAAUAUUUGUGCUGAUACACCCACUGGUGAUCCUACUCAGACAAUUGUGAUUGGUAGUCAUAGUGAUAGUGUGCAUGCUGGACCUGGUAUUAAUGACAAUGGUAGUGGUAGUGCAGCUAAUCUUGCAUGGGCUGUAGCUGUGGCACGUCUCUUUCAAACAACGACUUAUACCAAAUAUAAGUAUCGUUUACGAUUUUGUUGGUGGGGUGCUGAAGAAAUUGGACUUCUUGGUUCAUAUUUUCAUGUUGCACAAGCCCAAAAUUCGACCGUUGUUGGUGAACGCCUCACUGACUAUGUGACAUAUCUCAAUUUUGACAUGCUUGGUUCACCUAAUUUCAUGUUCGGUAUUUAUGAUGGUCGAACAGCGGAAAAUGACACUACACCAUUGGCUAUUGUCGGUAGUUACAAAAUUUCAGAAGUAUUUCGUGAUUGGUUUAUUCGACAGAAUUUGCCUUGGGAUUUUGUUGAAUUAGGUUAUGGCAGUGAUUAUGCUCCAUUUUUAAUUCAAGGCAUACCCAUUGGCGGCCUUUAUUCCGGUUCCAGUGAAAUUAAAACACAAGAGCAGUGUGAUCGCUAUGAUCAAUUUCUUGGGCCAGACAAAUGCGGUAUGGUAAAUAUCGAUCAUGAUCCAUGUUAUCACAAGGCAUGUGAUUCAAUUCAGAAUAUCAAUGUAUUUGGUUAUGAGAAAAUGAUUCAAGCAGGUGCCUAUACGAUUGAAAGUCUUGCUCGGCAACCAGAUUUAAAAUCAUGGUUAUAUUCAUGA